GAAUAGCGCCGGCAUCUUGUCACUGUGUGAUUUUCUCCCAUCGCUUUCCAGCGACAUUUUGAGUGGUGAAAAGUGCGUCCCAAUUCGCUCGGAUCAUCCCAAAAUAACUCGCGAUGGACGGCUGGUGCCGUGUUUGCUCACGGAACGAUGAUUUCCGGCGGUUCCCUUUGUUCGCGGUAGCGGAAGUGAGCCAGGAAGUUAUCGCUAAUAUGAUCACUAGCUGUACCGAUACACAGGUGUCUAGUGAAGAUGGCUUACCACAACAAAUAUGUCCAGACUGUUUGAUUGCGUUGAGCUUGUCGUUUUCCUUCCGCAAGUUGUGCCGUCGUUCGGAUGCUAAAUUUCGGGAAAGUUACGACGGAAGAACCCUUCUGCAGCCACAGGAUUCGCACGCUCGGCGCUCCCAGUCGCAAGUGAAUGAUGAUAAUACCUUCGAUAUUGUUCCUACCAUCAAAGAGGAGGUGGAGUUUUACGAUUAUGAGUGUAGUUUGCCACCCCAGGAGGACCAAUGGGUCAUACAGAACCCGAGAACCAUCGGUGAAGGGGCCAUGACAGUAGUACACAGUACCGGCCAAUAUUACGAUGAGGCUGAUGACAACGGAGAUCAGGACGCAAGCGUAGUGGUACCUAUGGUGACCCAUGACCCAUCGGUGUUUGGUGAAUGUUCGGGAAUCGGUCGUAAGGAAGAAAAAUGGAAGAAGAAACCGCAGACACCCGAACGGUUCAGCAAACGGAUCCGGCGGCAGGAUAGUCCCAUUUCGAGCGAACAAAUCGCUGCCGAGAAGCAACUGUACGAAUUGAAUCCCAACUGGAACAGCGCUAACACUGAGCCAGUUGUUGCCGCCAAUACUGGUAGUGUCACCAACCCCAACCCAGUCCAACAGCGCUGUGAGUACUGUAAGAAAAAAAUGAAAAAAUCCUACAAGCAUCGUAAUGGCAAAUGUCUAGCCCCGAAAGGCAAGAACGCUUCCAGACCCCGAUGUGUUUACUGCCAGAUGUCGUUUGUGCGUAGCACGAAUAUUUCAACUCAUUUGCGAAACAGCUGUCGAGUCUAUCGGCAGUUAUGUAACCAAAAGAGAAUCGAGGCGUUGGAUGCGAGUCAUCAAUCUACCGUAUCAACAAUUCUGCCCAGUAAUGACGUGAUGCGAGAUGGCGCAAGCUCUCCAAUGCAAACCGACAGCCAUCCCGAGACAACCGAUCAGAAGCCCAUUCUGCGGAAGCCCCAGACGAAAAAACUAACCCGUAGCAAAUGCCAAUACUGCAAGCUAUCAUUCUCCAAACGGGGAAAUCUCAUCAACCAUCAGCGUGAGCGAUGUAAAAUCCUUAAAGAACGAAACAAAAUAGAACCUCUUGAAACAUCCGGUACCAAUGUCGAAUCAGCCUGGGAAGACAUUGUUCCAGAGCAACCAAGACAACUACGAAGGUCACAAGAUAUCAGAGCGUCCACCGAAAAAAAAUUGCAGACUGACAAACCGCAGACUGAGAAAACGGAACCAACAAUUGAGGCGGCGACGAAAUGUGUAUACUGCACGCAAAAAGUGAGCAAGAAAACUCGCUUCCAGCAUCACAACGGACGAUGUGUGCUGGGUAGAGCGAACGCUGAGCAUCCAUGUGCCUAUUGUCCGAUGGCCUUCUCUUCGAGGAGUAAUCUGCUUCGACAUCAGCGGGAACGAUGUCAGCCGUAUCGCGAGGAGCAUGAUAUACCAACUGAAUGUGGUACAAAGGAUUCGACUGUAGGCUCUGAGGACCGCCAAAAUGAAUCGACCAAGAAGCCGCAACCUAUUAGUGAAACUAAACGAGAACCGAUUGAUGAGAAGCCCACCGUCAAAAGCAGCAAGGUUAGAAGACCAUUCUACCGUCAUCGGCGCCAGCGAAUCAAAGAUUCCGAGCGAUCCAAGCUGAAAGAAACACGUCGCAUUCGCCACAGCUUGGCUGACAAUAAUCAAACGCUAGAGUACUCGUGCGGAUAUUGUCGAAAAAGUUUUACUAUACGAGAUGAGCUGCUCGAGCACCAGCGAUCGUGCAACGUUAGAAAGUUACACAAACAGGUUAAAUGUCAACACUGUGGAGUAACGAUCUCGAAUCGAGGAAACUUGCGGAAGCAUCAACGACUAUACUGCAAACGUAUUCCCCGAUCGGAUGGUAUUAAAGCGGAAAAGAUGGAGGAAGGGGAGGAGGAAGAAUCUCCUAAAAAACAAAAAAUCGUCAAGAAAAUAUCAAAACAGGAAAAACUGAAUGAUAGUGAGGUUAACAUUGGCAAACCGGCGGAGAUAGAUAAUAAAUCUAGCGAGGAACAAGCAGGAGGAGGAGCGAAUAGCGUAGCUGAACUAACAAAUUUUAACCAUCCCUGCGAGUACUGCAAACGACCGUUCAAAUCAGAAGACCGAGCGCAGACGCAUUCACGCAAAUGUAUUGUGAAGCGAUCAAUGAAUCAGUUUAAUUGCAAUCUCUGCUCUGAGAGAUUCUCUAGUAGAAGCAACUUGUAUCGCCACCAGCGAGUGCGAUGUAAACCUCGUAAUAAGACUAAAACUCACAGCAUACUGGAGAAUUGCGUGAAAUUUGAACCCAUUCUUAGUACUAAACCCGAGCGAAAGACUCAAAAGGCUGACCCAGAUGAUCAGAGUGUAUUCUUCAAACCAUUGCUCGAACCCGAUUCAAACGCCAUAACUCGUCAAAGUCUAGAUAGAAAAACGGAUGUCGGAACUGAUAAGGAUGAAGGUAUUUUGUCCGACGAGAGACAAGCCCACAUGGAUCAGGAUCAGGCUACCCGUCAAUGUUUGGAUCAAGAAAAGGAUGACCGAAUUGAGGAAGAUGAGUAUGUUUUUCCCGAAGAGGAACAACACCCCUCGGAUCAGAGUCCAGUGGAGGAAACACAGCCAGAGCCCAAUCUCCAACACAAUAAUAAUGCUGAAGAUAUUAAAGAACCAGACAUUCAAAUAGGAGCGGAAAGGGGUUUAACUGUAGAUGAAAGAAAGGAAGAUAAUAAACCAUUGGUAAAUAAAGAGGAACUAGCUGAAGAAAUUCUUCCCGACGGUGUACAAGAACGGGAGGAAGUGCUACAUGAGCCCAUAAUAGCGGCGGAAACGGAUAAGGUAUGAAUGCAAUGACUAGGCAUUUUUCGGAAACAUUCUAGACGAAUUUGUGUGUAAGUUGAAAAUAUUAUUGUAAAUGGAAUUUACAUAUUUACUUUUUCAUCGUGACGACCGUGAUCGGACAUACCAAGUAUUGCACAGAUGUAAAGUCAUAGGGUUAAUGUCGUGGCUAAAGAUGAAUAGAGAUGAAGAAUAUAUAUUACAAAAAAUAUUAAAAAAAAAACACGUGUUGAUAACGUACAUACUCGAAA